CAAAUGAGACACUUUAUGCAAUCAUAUUAAAAAAAAAAAAACUUAAUUCUUCGAUGUGUUUCUUUAUCCCUUGUUUAUGUUCAUAUGCGUGCUCUUCAACUUGUUCAAUACAACCAUACUCCAGAUGCAUUUGCUUAUACAGAUCAACUGGCUAAACCCAGUGUUUGUUCACCUUUCCAAGUCCUUGUCCGUAUCAAAGCAGCGGGAACAAAUCCCGUAGAUGCAAAAAUAGCUUCUGGUGAAUUGAACACAAGCUCUUUUUUACCAUUGCCUUGCAUUAUUGGUGCUGACUUCUCUGGUAUUGUAGAAGCCAUAGGCAAUCAAGUCGAGGAUUUUAAAGUAGGUGAUCAUGUCUUUGGCUCAUUACAUAUGCCUUUUGUCAUGGGGACAUAUGCUGAAUACACCUUGGUGGAUACUCAAAAGGAUUCAAUUGCUAAAAAACCUUUGCAUCUAUCAUUUGAAGAAGCUGCUUCUGCAGGCAUUGGCGUAUUAACGGCCUAUCAAGGUAUUGUAAAGAACAGCCCAAAGGACAUACAUCAGAAAAUGCGGAUCUUGGUCGUGGGAGCUUCUGGAGGUGUUGGCGUAUUUGGCAUACAGGUAGCAAAAGCCAUACAUCCUCACAAUACAGUGGUAGGUAUCUGUAGUGGUAGGAAUGUAGAGUUUGUCAAGUCGUUGGGUGCUGAUGAUGUGAUUGACUAUACAGACAAACAAAAAUAUGAGCAGUUUAUAAGAGACAAUGAAAACUCAUUCGACCUUGUCUUUGACUGUGUAGGGGGAGACGAGUAUUAUCAACAACUCGAUCCUCUUUUAAACAAAACUGGUGUGUUCUCUACAGCAGUGGUUCCCAAAGGAUAUGUUAAAGCGAAUGGGGGCAGGUUGACAGCAAUUGCUAUGUCUUACAAGUCUUUCUACAAGCAUGUCUUUGCUUCUCAUGCCUAUGCUGUUGUAGUGUCACUUCCUCAUGAUGAUUUUAGGUCAAAAAUCGCUCCAUUGUUUGAUACUAAAGCAGUAUCUGGUUUAGUCCAUAGUGAAAACAAGAUCCCAUUAAAAGACGGGCAUUUGGCACAUCAGAAGCUUGCAACACGUCGUACAGUUGGCAAGAUUGUGUUGACAAUGGAAUAAAAAAAAAAUCCAAUUCUUUGGACAAUAAUGCAACACAAUAGUUUAAUCUGCUUUAUUUGUUACCCAAAAAAAAGAAAUCGAA